AUGAUGGAAGCAGAUCAUGAAGAUGGAGGUGUGAAGGGUCUUGUUGAUGCUGGUUUGACCAAGUUACCAAAGAUAUUCGUUCAUGAAAGCCAUAAAGUCAACAUAUCUUUUUCUUCCUCUUCCUCCUCUGCUACCAAUGUUAGUAUUCCAGUUAUUGAUUUGGGAUCACUACACGAAGAAGGUAAUUCACGCCAUGAGAUCAUUCAAAAAGUCAAAGAUGCGGGUGAAAAAUGGGGUUUCUUUCAAGUGGUCAACCAUGACAUUCCACCGUGUGUUUUGGACGAAAUGCUUGAUUGGGUGUGUAGAUUUCAUGAGCAAGAUGCUGAGGUGAAGAGAUAA